GGUUAUUUGGGACCCGUUGUUUUCCUCUUCCUAUUUUAUUCCAUCUUUUGCCUGGAGCCAGAGUGCACCGCACACAGGCUGCAGGCUUUUGAAUCUGAACUCGCGCUACCCAAGUUGCAAACUGUCAGCAGAAACCUGUUAAGCGAAUUACUGCUGAUCGUGGGUAACAAGGAUCUGAACUCGCUUUACCUUCCCGUGGGAGUGCAGCGACCGCCCACUUAGAGUUGCUGCAGCGCCCUGCUCCCUGGCUCUGGCCCAGGGUGCCCCGGGUUUGUCCUCCGCGCAGUCGUGCGGCUCUUUGCUGUGGUUCUGCACGGGUCCAGCGCCGCGCCUCUGCUCCUACAAGCGGGAAACAAGGAAGCAACUUCUCCCUCCCACGGCAGCCUCCUGCCAGCUGGAAGUCUCCUGUUGCCUACCGCGCUGGGCACUGCAGCCCCUGGCUCCCACCUGAGUCUGUCCGCCCGUCUUCGCCCUGAUCCUCUCCUUUCCCGGGAGGAUUUGGUGAAUCCGGACCGCGUCCGGGGUCCUUCCACGCAGGGUCACCUGUCGCGGAACUGAAGAGCGGAGAGCAAAGCGAGGGCCUCCCAUCCUCACUCGCUCACCCCAGCUGCUCUGUGCGUGGCCGGAGUGCACUUAGUCGCGGAGGUCCGCGGCGGAGCCUCCCAGCGCCAGGCUCCCAGCGCCAGGCUCCCAGCGGCCCAGACUGCGGGGCCACGCCGCGCACGCCAGCUGCUCUCUUGCGCUGCGAGGGCUGCCUUGCACCUUCUGAACUGAGGGAACUGGACUUGCCUUCGGGGACCUUCCAGAGCCUUCUCCGGAUCCACCAGCUAGAUAAUCAUCGUUCCUACGGGCUGCACACGUUUCAUUUGCGCGUCUCCGAGAGGGUCGGGUGAGUAAGUUUGCUGAAAAUGGGCCCAAUAGGUACAGAGGCUGAUGAGAACCAGACAGUGGAAGAAAUGAGAGUGGAGCAGUAUGGUCCAGGGCAAACCACUGCUAGAGGUGAGCUGGUCCCUGACCCCGAGCCGGAGCUUAUCGACAGCACCAAGCUGAUUGAGGUGCAGAUUAUCCUCAUCCUGGCCUAUUGCUCCAUAAUUGUGCUCGGGGUGAUUGGCAACUCCUUGGUGAUCCACGUGGUGAUCAAAUUCAAGAGCAUGCGCACAGUCACCAACUUUUUCAUUGCCAACCUGGCUGUGGCAGAUCUUCUGGUGAACACCCUAUGCUUGCCAUUCACUCUUACCUACACCUUGAUGGGGGAGUGGAAAAUGGGACCUGUCCUGUGCCACCUGGUGCCCUAUGCCCAGGGCCUGGCAGUACAAGUGUCCACAAUCACCUUGACAGUCAUUGCCCUGGACCGGCACCGUUGCAUCGUCUACCACCUGGAGAGCAAGAUCUCUAAACGAAUCAGCUUCCUGAUCAUUGGCUCUGCCUGGGGCAUCAGUGCCCUGCUCGCAAGCCCCCUGGCCAUCUUCCGUGAGUAUUCACUGAUUGAGAUUAUUCCCGACUUUGCGAUUGUGGCCUGUACUGAGAAGUGGCCUGGUGAGGAGAAGAGCAUGUAUGGCACUGUCUACAGUCUUUCCUCCUUGUUAAUCCUGUAUGUGUUGCCUCUGGGCAUCAUAUCUUUCUCCUACGCUCGUAUCUGGAGUAAACUUAAGAACCACGUCAGCCCCGGAGCUGCUAAUGAUCACUACCAUCAGCGAAGACAAAAGACUACCAAAAUGCUGGUGUGUGUGGUGGUGGUGUUCGCGGUCAGCUGGCUGCCCCUCCAUGCCUUCCAACUUGCUGUGGACAUUGAUAACCAUGUCCUGGACCUCAAGGAGUACAAACUCAUCUUCACUGUCUUCCACAUCAUCGCCAUGUGCUCCACCUUUGCCAACCCCCUUCUCUACGGCUGGAUGAACAGCAACUACAGAAAGGCUUUCCUCUCAGCCUUCCGCUGUGAGCAGAGGCUGGAUGCCAUUCACUCUGAGGUGUCCGUGACAUUCAAGGCCAAAAAGAGCCUGGAAGUCAAAAAUAACAACGGCCCCAAUGGCUCCUUCACAGAGGCUACCAACGUCUAAGAAAGCUCUGAAGUGAAAAUAUAUGGAUGAAUUCUGACCAGAGCUAUACAUCUGGUUGAGGAGGGCUCCCAGGUGCAUCCUGAUUUCCCAUCUUAAGGAAGAAAAAGAGCAUCUGCGUGGAAGCAUCUUCGGUGUAAUUUGUGGAAACCUGGUUGUUGGCAGAACCUAGGUAAAAACAUGCAUAUUCAAAGCUAGGGCAACAAAACAGUUUGCUUAUCGUUGCUUGGAUGGUAGGGUGAAUGAUGAGUAAAAGCAGAGAGAAGUGCUUGUGACUAUUUCCCAGAGUGAAGGAAACAUGAAUAAAGAAUUGGAAUUAUCAGCAUUGCUCAAAGGUGGUCAGCAAAUAAGUUGACUUUCAAAUCACAUUGGAGAGUAGAUUGAGGAGAAUCCACUGCUCCCCUGUUAUCUGAUGAGAAGAUGACCAAAUACCAAUUUCCCUAUGGAGCUACAGGCUCUCCUUUAUUGUAUUUUUUUUCAUUUUAUUGUAUGAAUCUUCCUAUGGACUAAAUUCACCAGGGAAUGCUGUAGAUAAAUGUUACCAACUAUUUGAAUGACUUCGAGGAAAUAAACAGAAAUUUGCUAUAUAAUUUGUAUUUUGACAAAGUGGAAGAAAUCCUUGAUACUUAGCCAGUUGUUCUUAAAACCAGAUGAAUGUUUAGUUAAAAGUUUCUUUAACUCAGAAUCAAAGGUUGAAUUUCUCAGAAUUAUAGAAAUGUAAACCAUCAUUUAACUUCUCAUUUCAAGUUGCUGCUUUAUGUUGAUACUAGUUAGAUAACAAGCAUAAAAUGGAAUACAUUUUAGUCAUUUAGUUAAUUAACAUUGUUUUAACUUUUUGAAUGUCUUAUUCCUAUAUUGGCACUGAGUUUAUCUUCAUUAAAAAUUAAAUCAGAUUAUAAAAUAAUUUUUGUGGAAUUUUGUAACAUUUUGUGAUUAUUUGUAAGCAGUUUUUGCACAGGUACAUAGCUUUAAUGAACACUAUAGUGUGAUUUUUUAUGAAAUUCAUCUUUUAUGGACUCAUUCAUGACUAAUGUAACAGCAUAAUUUCAUCAAAAUGGAACCCAUCUGGUAAGAAGUAUUAAAAACAUUGGAUUCAUUCCACCUUGCAAAUGUACUAUUUGGACCAAUUUCAACAUGAAUUAUACUCUUCUCAAAAUUAUUAGCUAUAUUAUUUGGAUGACUUACGAAUAUAUACAUAAUAAAAUUGUAUGUAUAAAGUGGGGCAUAUAUACUAUAAUAUUUUUCAUUUAAUGAUUUUAUGAAUAUAAUUUCUACUUUAACAGCACCUGGCCAAAGAUGCUUAAAACCCUAUUCUGUUCAUGAAAAAUAAUUGAGAUGUUAAAAUAAUUAUACUUCUUUGAUGCUGUUAAAGAAGUUUCAUUGUAAUCAUAUUUUUGUAAGUGUGACUGAAUUUAUGAAUACAUUCCUUAAAUUUUAAAUAAAUUCAAUGUAUUACAUUUACUUAUAAGCAUUAACUUUUUGAACUGGAGAGUUUCAUUUUAUGGAUAUAUUUAGAAUUCACACUAUGGCUCUUAUUGAGUUACUUCCAUGCUAGAAAUCAAAGACUGUACUUUUGGAAUAAAGAAAAAGAAAGAAUACGAUAGAAUUUAGAUUAAGUAGAAGGCUGAUUAAGAAUUACCCAAAAACACUGUAUAUGUGUAAUAUAUCAUAUAUUUGAAGAAUUCAUUUUCUGUUGUACUUGACAUAACUAUCCAAGAAGUGUUUUGCCCUUUAAAUAGCAGUUACUUUGCAUUAGAUGCUAGUAGAAAAUUGUGGGUAAAGGAUUUUUUUUUUCCUUUUAGAGAAUUCUUACACUGUAGGAAAUGUGUAUGCUACUGUAUUAUUUGUUCUGGUGGUAAAUUAUUAGAAUUUAAAUAAUGAUCCAGUUAAUAUAUAUGAUCGAAUUAGUUCUGUUGACUCAAUAUCUUU